AUGCCCCGGUAUGUCGACACACUGCCGCCGGCAGUGAAUCCCAAGGAGAAGCAGGUUAUUGUGCUUAGUUUCGGGCGCAAUGGCACGCUGGGUCUGUAUACUGCGCUGGGCAAGCUCGGUUACAACCCUUGCCACAUGAAGACCGUCCUCAUGGGCGGCGCGCCUGAGGUUAGGAUGAUGAAAGAGGUCGUCAUGGAGCGACACUCGCCCAACGGCAAGCGGUACAACAAAGACGACUUGGACAAGUGGCUUGGGCAGUACGAUGCUCUCACCGACAUCACGCCGUUCUUCAUGGAAGAGGCCGUAGCUGCGUGGCCGGACGCCAAGUUCAUCCUCACCACUCGAGAGCCUGCGGCCUGGUAUGCCUCUGCGGAGAGUACCAUCUUGAGGAAGCCCGGCAUCGUCCAGCUUGUCAUGAUGGGCAUUCUGCGGUGGUUCAGUCCUCUUUUCUGGGAGAUGUCUGGAGUGAAAGAAUCUGCUCGGAUUAUCCUCUUUGGCGGAGGCGAGUUCAUGAACAAGGACGAUGCGAUACGCGCAUACAUCGCCCACAACGAGAAGGCCCGCUCCAUUGUACCAAAAGACCAGCUGCUCGAGGUCAAGCUGGAGGACGGUCUUGGCUGGGAGCAGAUCUGCCCCUUCCUGGGAAAGGAGAUCCCGAACGAACCUUACCCGCGCACCAACAGCCGUGACGAGUUCAAGGAGCUCCACGCCGGUGUCAUCAAGCCUCAUAUGCAAGCGGCUAUGGCAAAGUUGGUGACGACGAUCAUUGUGCCUUUGGCUGCUGCAGGAGCUUGGUAUUACAUGCGCUACGUAAAGAAUUGA